UAUAGAGAUCGACGGAAUAAAGUGAUAUCAAAGGGAAAUGCCACCCCUGAAGCGCCAGCUUAUAUCAAUUCGAAACGCAACAGUGUCAAUAAAUGAUACGGAAAAUAAUGAGAAAAUCACAGUCGAAUCUUUUUUGACAGUUUGUAGCAUUUGUGGCCAGGAGCACGCCACCACCGGCUGUCAAUUUUUCCUCGCGCUAAAAUAUGUGAAGGAUGAGCCUUUACUGUCCAGAGCCAGGCUGACAUUGCCAAAGAAUCUCGAAAUUACAAAAAUGGCUGAUGGUUCUACAACAGUAAUAACAAAAUGUGAUUUCCAACAAGGAACAACUUUUGGUCCGCUGCAGGCUCAACGAGACUGGACCAUGAAUCCUAUGAAUGAAUUUCCCAUUAAAGUCUUUGGGAAAGGCCCAAUGGAUACAUUUCAUUUGGAUCGUUCUAAUGAAAAUGCAUCAAAUUGGAUGUGCUUCGUUUCUCCUGCAUCAAAUUCCUUUGAACAAAAUCUUGUUUGCUAUCAAAUGGAGAGGGACGUUUACUACACCGCCAUGCGAUUUAUCCCUUCUGGGGAAGAGCUGAGGGUUUGGUAUGCUCCUUAUUACGCUUUAAAAAUGAAAAUGCCGCUGUACAACACAGAGUUUGCGAAUGUCAGUCCACACACAACAACAGAGGAGAUCGGUCAUGUUGAUCAGUCCCACGAAGAUACUGUAGAUCUUCCAGAUAUUUCACAUAGAAAUAUUGAAGAAAUCGUUCAUAGAUUGCCAGCCGAACAAUUGGGGGCCUUGAGUGACAAAACCAGCUGGAAUUGUACGAUAUGCUCGGUCGUAAUGAAUUCGGUAAUCGAAUACGCGAAACACUUGAUGGAACAUUACAAACCUCUUUCCGGUGUAUUUUGUGACGUAUGUAACAAAAAAUUUCACAGACUGUCGGUAUUGGAAAAACACAAACGAUCGAAACAUCCUAAAGGAAGAACCAACGACGACGUUGCCGGUAUUUUGACCUCGGAAAAUCAACAACAGCAGAACGCUCAGACCAUACUCAUGAACAUGAACGAUUCCGAGGGUCAAACUUCAGAAGCGAUGAAAGACAUACUGGUCAAAUUGAAAACCGGUAAAUCAUUGACGGAAUGCAGUUUAUUACUGCCCAUGGAGAUUGAGGCGGAAAAAGAAAACCCAAACGAUCUGUCUCUUCUCGACGCGCAUUCAAUAAACGUCAACGAUCUCCUGCCUAAUAACGCCGCAUUGACCGAAAAUUCGUCGUUAAAAUCAAUCCUGGAAAAUCAAUGUUUGAAUUUGAGUUUGGAGGCGAUAACGGACUCGAUGCUCUCGGACAACACGAACUGCGUUGAUUCUGACAAAUUUAACGUCGAAGAGUUGACCUCUGAGUUUUUGGACAUAACACCGGACGUUGCCACAAUGAAUCGUAGGAUUCUUAGUUUUCAGUGUGACAUAUGUGAAAAAAAGUUUGGGAAGGCUGAUUAUCUCUAUCGACACUUGAGAAAACACACCGGAGAAUUUGUCUGUCCGAGUUGUUUAGGUGUAUUCGCUCGAAAAGAAAAUUUGAUGUCGCACCUGUGUCCUUCGCAACAGUUCGACCAUCGAAAAUUUGAGUGUUCGUAUUGUCAGAAACUCUUUUUAACAAAAAAAUAUCUGAAACGGCACAUGGCGAAACACACGGAUUGGAACGUUUGUAAAUGGUGUAGGAAUUUAUUCACUUCGAGGCUCGAACUCGAGGCCCACAAGUGUCAAGCUCCGAAGCACGAUUGCUCUCAGUGCGGCAAACGAUUCGUUCAUCGGGAGCAUCUCAAUCGACACGCCAAAUCACACACGAAUCCUAAGCCUGUACCAAAGAAAACGAAAAAGCGGCUUGCAGAGGAAAAACCAGCGAUAUGCGAGAAGUGUGGCGAUGUUUUUAAGAAUCCUCACAGCUUGAAGCAGCACUUGAGAUCUCACGGAGAGAGGAAAUUCGAGUGCGACAUUUGCCACAGUAAAUUUCACCGAAUCGGCGUUUUGCAACAGCACAAAUCGAUCCAUCAAAGUAUUCAGAUUCCCUGUCAAAUUUGUGGCAAGAAAUUCAAGAGCAAAAAGGCACUGAGCGUUCACAUACUUUUGCAUGGUAACAGAAAAUUCCAUUGCGAAAAGUGUGAUAAAAGUUUCUUCCAAAGAUGCAAUUAUCUAAAACAUUAUAGGCAAAUGCAUGGUGAAAAAGUGUUGCACAAAUGUCCCCACUGUCCAACUGAAUUUACGAGCGAGUCGAGUUUCAACAAGCACGUCGAGAGUCACGUACAGCCGAGUGAACACGCGUGCAAAUCUUGCCACAAAGUUUUUCAUAGGGAGUAUCAGUUGAAGCGGCACGUUCGAACCAAUCAUAGUGGAAUAGUGUACCGUUGUCCAUAUUGUAAAAUGACAGCUCGUUACCGUCACAGUAUGAGAAGGCAUUUUGAGCGUCAACACGAGAGUCUUAGCGACGAAUGGAACAAACCAGGUUUCGUAAAUGAUCUCGUUGAAAAAAUGUUGCCCUCUGUGUUGACCGAGCGAGCAAUCGCGCCUGAUCAGAGUAGCCUAGUCGCUCAAAUGUCUCAUAGAAACAAUGCGAAAUUUGAGGCAGCCAAUGAUCCUCAAAACUCAAGCAUCCACGAGACUCCAUUUGGCGAAAAAACACAGCAGGUCAAUGACGACGUCCAAAACGAACUAGAAUCGAAUUCGUUGAAUGGCCAAGAAAUCGUGCUUCCAGUCUCAGAAAUGGACGGAGAAGUAACGCCGAGCGAGAUACCUCAAUUGAGUAUCAGCGAUAACGAAGCAAAUUUGGCAGAAUCUGUUCUGAGCAACGCGUAUAUCUUUGGUGAGGAUGGUGGUGAUAUAAUGUGUUAUGUUUUAGACGGUACGCCCGUUAUUACCCAAUAUUAGAAUUUACUUCGUGUUUGGUCUUCGUGUAAAGGUGUUCAGGGACCCGAAGCAGGUUUUUGAAACACACACACAUGUGAGACCGAAUCGACUGUGAUAUUAUCAACAAUGCGCACAUUUUUUCAAAGAUUACAGAUAGUGUAUUGUAGAAUAUAAAUAUAGCAUCUUAAUCGAGAGAAAAAAGGGUGAAAAUUUUUUGUUACACCAAUCGAUCGAGCCACAAAGUAUGGGCAAAAUUAAAUCUUAUCGAUUUAAUUCGAGAAUGGAAACUAAAAUAACGAACAUUUCAUAUUGCGGAAUAUUCUUAGUAUCGAUAUUUCAAUCAUUGAAAUAAAAAACAAAAAAUAUCGAAA